AUGCCGAGCUCUGACUCAGCCAAUGUUACAAUCAUCCACCCAGAUCUAGGCAUUGGCGGAGCCGAACGAUUGAUCAUUGACGUUGCGCUGGCCCUUCAAAACCACGGCCACCGAGUCACGAUAUACACUUCGCACUGCGACAAGUCACAUUGUUUCGACGAAGCGCGCGAUGGCACAUUAGACGUUCAAGUGCGCGGGAACACAAUUUUCCCAGCGCACAUCUUCGGCAGGUUUCAUAUUCUCAUGGCCUCAUUGCGCCAGCUUCAUCUUACCGUGUCGCUCUUGUCAGAGCUCAAACAGACAAUGGGUUCAGCAAAGUCCACUGGAUCUGGAGAUUCAGAUGACAUCUUCAUCGUUGACCAAUUACCUGCAUGUGUACCGAUUUUGAAAUCGUUCGCAAGACCUCGCAAGUCUCGGCGGCAGAGAAUCCUGUUCUACUGCCAUUUCCCCGACCAGCUGCUUGCACGACGGAACGAAGGCGGGUCUCUUCUUCGCCUGGCCAAGCUCUUGUAUCGAUAUCCAUUUGACUGGUUUGAGGGAUGGGCGAUGAGUGCGUCUGACCGGGUUGUUGCGAAUUCUAAUUUCUCUCGCGGGGUGGUCCACGAUGUUUUUGGGACAGACAAACUUGGCGACGUUCAAGUUCUCUACCCAUGUGUUGAUACGACGACCAAGACUGACAUUCCUGUCAAAGAGGAAGAUGAUGUGCUUUGGGGUGGAAGGAAAUUGCUGCUGAGUAUCAAUCGCUUUGAGCGAAAGAAGGACAUGGGCCUAGCCAUUCGCGCAUACAAUGGUCUGCGGCCUGAGAAAAGAGCUGGAACACGGCUAAUCAUUGCUGGUGGCUACGAUAAUCGUGUUCAAGAGAACGUGCAAUACCAUCAAGAACUUGAUGAUCUAGCAAAGGGUCUUGGGUUGAAGACGGCUACGGCUAAGACAGUAGUCUCAGCCCUCUCAAUCCCCGAUGAGAUUGAUGUUCUUUUCUUGCUCUCCGUCCCGACAGCUUUCAAAAACACAUUACUAGCUCAGUCGAAGCUUUUACUGUAUACGCCAGUGAAUGAACAUUUUGGAAUCGUCCCAGUCGAGGCGAUGUUUGCUGGCUUGCCCGUGCUGGCAUCCAACACAGGCGGUCCGCUUGAGACAAUUGUCGAGGGCGAAACGGGCUGGCUUCGAGACGCCCAGGCUGUUGACGAGUGGACGGCGGUCAUUGAGAAGGUUCUGUAUCAAAUGUCCGAAAAUGAGAGGGAGAUCAUGUCGCAAGCAGGAAAAGCAAGGGUCCAGCAGCACUUUUCACUCGCUGCCAUGGGUGGUCGGCUUGAGGAGGAGAUCUCAAAGAUGUUAUCCGCGGACAGGCGUACCUUCCGUGGCUGGCAGCAAGUAUUGGUCGUACUUGUUGUUCUUGGAUCGAUUCUUGCAGUUUUGUUGGCGAUCCUACUAUAUAGGCGGUAG